AAAAUAAUUUCCAUCCCCACUUCACACACUGCAGCUCUGAGGAACGAGGAAAUAGAGUGAGGACUGACGAAACCACGAAAAAACACGGCGGUUAAACAGAACUCACACUCUCUCAGACCAGGCGCUGGACAACAGCCAACCAUGAGGUACACGUUCAAACCGGAUGACUGCAUGGUCAUCACUAUCCCUCUCUGCAGCAUCAGGGACGCCAGAGAGGGACAGCUCAUGCCCGACAAAUUCACCUGCAGGUUCAAGGACACCUACAAAGUGUUUCAGCGGGGUCACCCCAAAGCACUCGGGGCGGCUCAGAUCGUCACUGCAGUUUUUAUCCUGUGUUUGGGAGGAAUCAUCAUCGGCUGGCUUGACAGAGUUCCUGUUGCUGUGAUUACUCCUAUCUACAUUGUUCCCAGCAUCCUGUAUAUACUGUGUGGCAGUCUGGCGAUUACCGCUGGACACACUCCAUUAAUGCCCAUGAUGAAGGCGUCGUUCAUCUUCAACAUCAUUGGCCUUUGCUUAGCAGUUAUCACUAUCACCUUGUGUGUGGUCGAAACUGUACCUUAUCGGACAUAUAAUGUGCGUGUAGGACUGGGUGUGGUGAUCGCAGUAUUGCACGGGUUUGAGUUUCUCCUCUCUGCGAUUCUGAUCUACUGGGAGAGUAAAGCCGUGUGCCGAGCUCAUUUCAACAGCCUGCCCAUGAUCACACUAAAGCAGGACAUGUGAGCUGUGAUGGACUGAAACUGGAAUAAGGCAAAUGUUUAGCGACCUUUGACCUCAGAUAAGUCGCGUCUUUGUUCCGUCUCUUGAACAACUCAUUGUUUAUUCGCAUCCGAGUUUCAUUGAAUAAGUGUAACGAGGCUUUUGCACUUGCUUUUAUGUGUUUCUUUGAGGAGCUGCUUGUUAAUAAGCUACUGUAUAUAUGAAUUCAAGUAUGAACUAUUAUAAAGAAAGACCAUUUUAAUUAUAAACAUAAUAGAUGACUCCUUUACACCUUAUGUAAUUUACAGUUAGUUUUUUCUUAUCUUUUUUUAUUAUUAAAAUGAUCUUUUUAUUCUUGUUGUUUUGUAUGGCACUGAGUAUUAAACAGUAUGUUGACUACAUGACAGACGUGCGUGUGUGUGUGUGUGUGUGUGUGUGUGUGUGUGUGUGGGACGGAGAGGUGUGAAAAUGUCUGUGCAGACCAGCUCAACAUUUCCGGCAUGUUUUUUCAGUGAGAUGGUGUCCAGAUAAAGACACAGAGAGAACACAGAAGAAAGUUUGAAUUAUUUUAAUCUCUUAAAGAUUUAACAUAGAAGCAAUGUGUAGCAAUAAACAACAAAAAAUUUGUGCUUA